GGCAGCAGCAACGCAAUGGGAGUGGAUUACUACAAGAUAUUGCAAGUUGAAAAACCUCACCCUGUGUUCACUCGUGAUGGAAAUGACUUGAUUGUCACACAGAAGAUUCCCUUAGCUGAAGCCUUGACAGGUUACACUGUCCAUCUCACCACCUUAGAUGGAAGGAAUUUGACCAUUCCGAUCAACACCGUGAUUGAUCCAAACUAUGAGGAGGUUGUCCCAAGGGAAGGGAUGCCAAUCCAAAAGGACCCAACAAAGAGAGGAAAUCUGAGGAUCAAGUUCAACAUCAAGUUUCCAACAAGGUUGACUGCAGAGCAGAAGGCAGGAAUCAAAAAACUCUUGGGCUGAGAACAUCAAUGCCAAUAUUUAAUGCACAACACAUCUCCAUAGAAAUGGAGCAGUUUUGUAAAUACAAAUUACAUAAAACGUAGUAUUUAGAUUGGUUCUUUUUGAUACAGAACUUGUUAUAUACGCUCCCAGUUUUUAGUAGUUUCUGUUUCAGAGCAAGAAUGCCAUCUUUCUAAAUA